AUAGUUUUAGGGUUUCAUUUUAGAGUGAAAGCAGAGAAGAGCCGCCGAACUUCACACACAGUCUCUCAAUGGCCAGAAUCAAGGUUCACGAGCUGAGGCAGAAGUCAAAGGCCGAUCUUUUGGCCCAGCUCAAGGAUCUCAAGGCGGAGCUCGCCCUCCUCCGCGUCGCCAAGGUCACCGGUGGCGCACCCAACAAGCUCUCCAAGAUCAAGGUUGUGAGGCUUGGGAUUGCUCAGGUGUUGACAGUGAUCUCGCAGAAGCAGAAGGCUGCUCUGAGGGAAGUGUACAAGAACAAGAAGCUCUUGCCUCUUGAUCUUCGUCCCAAGAAGACCAGGGCCAUUCGCCGAAGGCUUACCAAGCACCAGGCAUCUUUGAAGACUGAACGUGAGAAGAAGAGGGAGAUGUACUACCCCUUGAGGAAGUUUGCCAUCAAGGCAUAGAGUGUUGGUCUGCUUUAUUUAGGUCAUCUAUCUUUUGUAAUAGAAACUUCUGUUCACAAGUUUUGAUUUUGAAUUGAUAUGUUGAACAUGAGAUAUUGGUGUUUUAUUUGACUUCUCUAGUUUGGGUAUCACCCAAACCGAUUAUGUUCUUCUCUUCUGUGAUGAUAGUCUAGAUUUCCUUCAGAUUUUUAUC